UCCGGUGCCCCAAACCAUCAGCCAAUCAUAUCGCGACUUGUGUAUUUCCUCAAGAUUCGUUCUUAUUAUUCCUAAAUUUCUUCUUCUUCUUCUUCUGCUGCUGAGGCAAAAUAAAAAGUUUCCUCAGUUCCUCCCUCCUCAAACGAUAGAUAACUCGAGAGUCGAGUAGUAGUAGUCUCUCUCUCUCUCGAUCCUUGUUGUUUGAGUGUAGUUUGAAGUUUAGCCAGGGGGAAGAUGCAAGGAGGUGGUGGUGGUGGUAGAGAUCCUUUUGGUGGAUUUAAUGGUUUUGGAGGAGGCUCUUUUGGUGGAUUUGGUGGUCCUCCAAACCUCAUGUCCAGUUUUUUGGGUGGAAGAGAUCCGUUUGAUGAUCCUUUUUUCACCCAGCCUUUUGGUGGUGGCAUGCUUCACUCCAAUUUCUUUGGAGGUUCCAGCAUGAAUCCUUUUCCAGAAAUGCGUCCUCCACCCGGUUUUAUUGAUCAGCCACCAGGACCAAGUCGAUCCUCACGUGGACCUAUUAUUGAAGAGAUUGAUUCUGAUGAUGAUGAGAAAGAAGGAGAAGAAGAAGGGGGGAAAGAGAAGAAGAAAGGGAGUCUUGGCAAACAUGGCCGGUCGACCAGUGAGGCCGAUACUGAAUUUGCUAGAGUGGAAGCGGAAGGAGGUGAUUACAACAACCUUUUCUUCUAUUUCUACCUUAGUUCUAUUGGAACUGAGUGUGUGUGUUUUUUUUUUAUGUUUGAUGCAGAGAGAAGGAACAGAGAAUUGCAAUACAUGAAUGCAAAUCCGGAGAGAAGAAACUCACAGCAAAUGCAGAACAUGAAUGUUGGUGGUAUGGUGAACAAUGGACUAUGGCAACCACAGACCCGUAGUUAUAGUUUCCAUAGCUCCUCUGUUACUUACGGUGGUCACAACGGCAACUACUACACUUCUUCCAAGACCAGACGGACUGGAUGUGAUGGGUUAACUCUUGAAGAAAGCAGAGAGGCCAACACUGCAACGCGGGAAGCUGCACACAGGAUCUCCAGAGGCCUUCAUAACAAGGGCCACACAGUUGCGCGUAAACUUAACUCAGAUGGUCGUGUUGAUACAACGCAGACCUUGCACAAUUUAAACGAAGAUGAAUUGGCUGACUUUGAGCAGUCUUGGAGUGGAAAUGCUAGAAGGCAAAUGCAGUUACCUGGUCGGUCUGGUUCCUUUGGCAGCGGUCUUGUAAACAGAGAGCAACCAGUGUUGCUUCCCUCGACUGAUCCAAGUCCUUCGCAUGCACGAUCAGAACCAUCAAGAAGAACAAAAGGUGCAAUGAAUCUAAGAGGACAUGGCAGAAACUAAUCUAGGACCACAUGUCCGGUUUCUAAAAAGGCUUUAGGGCAUGCAACCAAAGACUAUUUACUGUACUUUGGUUGCAAUAUUACUGUAACUUGUAUGAUGACAUGAUAUGAGGGUUUUAACUUCUGCUUCUUGAUGAUAAUUAUCUAUGUAUCUUUUGUUACAUUAAUCAGUUCUAUUUACCUAUAAUCAAAUUAAGGGUUAUUUUUCA